AGCCAACUUCACGCUGAUCCAUUUCGCGAGGUGAAAAACCGGUGUGCACACACUUGGCACAUCAAAUAUCAGAAUUCUAACAAUUCCUUCAUUAAUCCGCAUCUCAUGUUGCGUAUGCUCGCAUCUGUCAAUUAUUAUAGACGUAAAAAAUAUUGAAAAUUUGUUCACUCCAUAAAGGACAAACAAACAGAGGUGAUAAAAUGGGCAAACCCAAGAGGGGAAAGCGAACGGGAAAAGACGACGAUUUCGACAGUGAUGUUGGCGUUGAUGAGUGGUCGAAUGCUGAUUCAACUCAAGAUAAAUCAAAAUUAAAAGACAAGAGAAGCAAAAAAUCUGACGAUUUUGAUGACUUAACGAGUGAGCUAGAAAAGAUGAAAGUGGAUAAAAUGAAAGGUAAGAAGGGAAAGAAAUCCAGACGUGGAGACGAUGAUGAUGAGUCCAUUACCAAGGGAAAAAGCAAGAAACAAGAUGAAUCUGAUUCCGAGUCAGAAAACAAAUCAAAAUUAAAAAGUAAGAAGGGCAAGAAAACUGCUGGAGGUGAUGAUUUCGAGCAAGAAAUCAACUUGAAAUCGAAGGGAAAGAAGGAAAAGUCUUCGCUUGUUGACUAUGAAGAUGAUUCCGGCUCAGAGUACGAGAGAAAAGGUCCCGCCAAAGGGAAGCUAAAACAAGGAAAACGAGACAAUAAUCAUGACGAUGACGAUGAAUUUCUUGAUAAAACGUCUGAAGGAAAUAGCUUAAAGAGUAAGAAUAAAGGCAAAACGAGAAAGGGCAGAAAGGGCUCGAUUCCGCAUGGUGAUGACGAUGAUGAUGUUGCCGUUGAAUCAUCCAAAUUUAAACCACAAGCGGCUAAAGGCGGUUUUGCUCUUCUGAAUGUCGAAGGUGAUUACGACAUUGAUUGCGAUACCGAAGAGCCACCCCAGAGUGAUGAUGCAACGGAGCCAAUUCCAAGUGUCGAGCAAUCAGCAAGCAAAUCCAAGCAGCAACGGAAAGAAGAGCCCCAAGGGAAAAAGGGUAAAAAGAAAAAAAAGAAACAAGACAGCGACGAUGAACUGGAGAAAGCCCUGGCUGAAUUAGAAAUUGAGUAUUCUGGGAAGAAACCUGAUAAGCAAGAGAAUUUAGCUCCUGUUCAGGACGUUCAUGAUGUUGGAGAAGACAAAGGGAAAAGAGGAAGGAAGGAUAAAGUUAAAGAUCAGGAGAAGAAAUCUGAGAGUGAACUUGGAGAUGAUGGAAUCGUGCCUGAGGAUGGCAGUACUGUAAAGACAGCAGCACAAAAGAAGAAGGAGAAAAAGGAACGUGAGAAGCUGAAGAAAAUAGCCCAGAAAAAAGCUGAGGCCGGUAAACAAGAAGAUGAUGCUCCUAAGGCUUCGUGGAUGGAGAUGCCUCUAGAGAAGAAUCUAGAGCCCAUAAAAAAAUCCGAAGACUUAGGUGAAGUUGGUGGAGACAUGGAAGAAAGUAAAAAGAAGAAGAAGAAAGCUUCAAAGGAAGAUCCGAAGGACAAGGGCAAGGGUCCGGGCAGGAAGAUGAUAGCGGCAAUGCAACAGGCCUUGAAGAAAGCUAAAGAAGAGGAGGAGCGCGUCCAGCAGGAGGAGGAAGAACGAAUACGCCAGGAGGAGCUCAAGGAGAAAGCUCGUUUGGAGCAAUUACAGCUUGAGCAAGAACGAAAAGAGAAAAAGAAAUUGAAAGAAAAGCAAAGAAAAGAGCGUCUUAAAGCAGAGGGAAAACUCCUGACAACGAAGCAAAAACAAGACAGAGCGAGAGCCCAAGCAAUGCUGGAAGCGCUGAAGGCACAAGGAAUGGAGAUUCCCGAGGCUGGUGAGAAAAAACCGAAAAUGAAACUUGGUACGAGAAUAAGACCAAGUAAAAUAAAACAGCAGGUGAGUACUGAAGAAAAGGAGGACGAGAAGAAGGACGAGAGAAGACCUGAGCAGAUUAAGCUCGAAAUUGUGGAUAAUCAAAAGGGGGAUAAGAAAGAGGAGGAUGAGGUUGUUAAGGAUAGUUGGGAUGCUGUCAGCAGUGAAGACGAAUUGGAGGACCAAUCAGAGGAGGCUGGUAAACCUGAAGGAUCACAACAGGUGAAUAAAUUACCGGACGAAUUAGAGAAGAAAGAAUCUUCAGAGAGUGAAUCUGAGAGUGGAAGUGAGACAGAGUCAGAGUCUGAGGAGGAAAGUGAGGAAGGCAGUGUUGAUGAUCGAUUGACUGAUGCCGAGAGGAAGAAGGAGAAAGCCAAAAUGCGGAUACAGAAUCGUAGAAUGGAAGCUGAGAAAAAUAAAACUAUCGAUAAUCUCAGAGCUGCUGUUGUUUGUGUUCUGGGACAUGUUGACACUGGAAAAACCAAGAUUCUUGAUAAAUUAAGAAGGACUAAUGUACAAGAUGGCGAGGCUGGGGGAAUAACUCAGCAGAUUGGAGCCACGAAUGUACCUAUUGAAGCCAUUCAUGAAUCCACAAAGCAUGUUAAAGGAUAUGGGGACAAGACUUUUAAGAUUCCCGGUUUACUGAUCAUUGACACACCUGGGCACGAGUCAUUCAGUAAUUUGAGAAAUAGGGGAUCGUCGCUUUGUGAUAUUGCUGUGCUUGUAGUUGAUAUUAUGCAUGGACUGGAACCACAGACUCUGGAGAGUAUUGGACUGCUGAAAGCUAAGAAGUGUCCUUUUGUCGUUGCUUUGAAUAAAAUUGAUAGGCUUUAUGAUUGGCAGACCAUGAAUCGGAAAGAUGUACAAGAUAUUAUUAAAACUCAGGGACCAAACACUCAGAGGGAAUUUGAGAAACGUUCGCAGGAUGUUAUUGUUCAAUUCGCUGAACAAGGACUCAAUGCCGCACUUUUUUAUGAGAAUCCUGAUCCCAGGAGUUAUGUUUCAUUAGUACCAACGAGUGCUAUCACUGGUGAGGGAAUGGGAAAUUUAUUAGCACUUAUAAUUGAUGCCUGCCAAGGACCCCUUGCCAAACGUCUCAUGUACAGCGAGGAACUCCAAGCAACUGUACUCGAAGUUAAAGCGCUACCUGGUCUUGGUACAACUAUUGAUUGUAUUUUAGUCAAUGGUACACUCAAGGAGGGCGAGACAAUGAUUGUUGCUGGAACCGAUGGUCCAAUUGUCACACAAAUUCGAUCGUUACUUAUGCCACAGCCACUGAAAGAAUUGAGGGUCAAGAAUGCUUAUCAAGAGUAUAGAGAGGUGAGAGCAGCUCAGGGAGUCAAAAUAGCUGCCAAGGAUCUUGAGAAAGCUAUUGCAGGAUUGAAUUUAGCAGUGGCUCAGAAAGCGGAUGAAGUGGAAAUUAUGCGAGAAGAAAUAGCAAAAGAGUUGUCAAAGGCACUUGGAAACAUAAAAUUAGCAGAACGCGGUGUUUUUGUUCAAGCUUCAACUCUUGGUGCCCUUGAGGCCCUUCUCGACUUUUUGACGAGCAGCAAAAUUCCGUACGCCGGUAUCAGAAUUGGCCCAGUAGUGAAAAAGGAUGUGAUGAAAGCGUCCAUAAUGCUGGAGCAUGACAGUCAGUAUGCCACAAUAUUGGCGUUCGACGUUAAAAUUGAGCGUGACGCCCAAGAAUUAGCAGACUCUCUCGGUGUUAAGAUAUUCCAAGCGGACAUCAUCUACCAUUUAUUCGACAAGUUUACCGCUUACAGGGAAGAGCUGAAGCAACGAAAACGAGAUGAGAAUAAACACAUAGCUGUUUUUCCGUGCAAACUUCGUGUUCUGCCGCAGUACGUAUUCAACUCAAGAGAUCCUAUUGUCGUGGGUGUGAUGGUCGAGGCUGGAAUCGUCAAAGAGGGAACACCAGUUUGCGUACCCAGCAAGGAUUUUGUUGAUCUGGGUGUGGUAACUAGUGUAGAGUACAACCACAAGGCGGUCGAGUCGGCGCGAAAGGGCCAGGAGGUGUGUGUAAAAAUUGAGCCGGUGCCCGGUGAAGCACCCAAGAUGUUUGGACGACACUUUGACGAGAAAGACAUGAUCAUCAGCAAAAUAAGCAGACAGAGUAUAGAUGCUUGCAAAGACUACUUCCGCGACGAUCUGAUAAAAACCGACUGGCAAUUAAUGCUAGAAUUGAAGAAACUUUUCCUAAUUCUGUAAUCCAUGGGCAUCAUCGGAAUUACAGCGAGAAAUAGAAAAUCGUGGCCUCCAAAUAAUUUUUUACUCCCAAAUAAUCAUCACCAGUGGAUUCCAUCAGCAUGUAAAUUUCCAACCCAACAAGAAUACAAUUAAAAAUAAUCAAUUAACUACUGCCUGCACCUCUGAAGAGUAAAUAAGAUAAACAAUAAAGUAAUAGAUAAAUCGACAGUCUGAAGACCAUCACGGGGAGUGCAAUCAUUGACAAUGAAUCGACACAAUAGAAUAAGAAUUGCGUCAACACCUUUGUGGCCGCUGAAUGAAAUCAGUGAUUGGUUGCCAUUUAAUACAACGUCAUCCUCUCGCGACCUUCCUCAGCCGAUUCAUUCAUGUUUCCGUGCUUUUCCCAUUCAAUUGCUUUAUUUUCAUCAAACGCACGUGUCUUAUACCUCGGCGACACAUCAUCCCUCAUGUUGCCCCCGCCAUACCUAUUAAUUGUAAAUACAUUAGGACCAUGAACAAUUUAUCAUUUAUCAUUUACCAUGAUAAUAAUCACGCGAUUAGGGGGAGGAAGGUUAACUCAAGUGCUUUUGUGGCUCCCAUAGCUGAGAGGCCUGUACUUAAGGCGUCUGCAUUCUUCAAAGGAAAUUGUCUGAAUAGAUCAGAGUCGAUAGACUGCAGCCAGUGGUGAAAGUUAUAAAUCAUUGUCUGAUAUAAAAUUCAGUCUAUUAAUUGCAUCGAUUUGUACAUUAUUUUCUAUUUUCAUUUGUAUGGUGUGCAGAGGGGUGGAAACAAUUCACUGUGAUGUAUUAUUUAAUGUUUGAUCUAGUGAUAAUGGAAUUUCGUGGAUUGUUUCAAUCUUUCAUGCCUAAAAAUAAAUUUAUUGAUUUUAUUCACCAGGA